GCAGGAAAUCAUUUUAUGAGGAGGUUGAAGUACCACGUACCAAAUGCACACGUGAAUUCCGGGUACACUGAUAUCUUGAGAAAUGGGAUAACAGACGAUAGUGAUUAUAAGCGUUUGAAGGAAGGUGGCGGAUAUGUAAUACCAGAUCAAAAAGAAACCUAUGAAGAACCCAAAAUAUUGCCACAAAAUCCUGGUUAUGCUGAACUUAAUAAGAACAGACUCAAAGGCAGAACGGAAGACGGUACUUAUCAGAAACUUGUAAAACAAGACUCAAAUUAUGUUAUACCAGCUCGUGAGAGAAGAGAGUCAUAUGAAGACAUCAAAAUGGGAAGGAACUUACCAGGCUACGAGGAGUUGGAUCUAAGCAAACGCAAAGCCGAGGAUUACCCUACUUACCAAGAGUUGGUCAAGACCUAA